AUGAGCACAACACCAUAUAGACUAGAUAUGAGCACCCACCAAAGCCCUCAUCACACUCCAUCACGACGCGCUUUAGGCGACUUGACACCGAGAGCCAUCAACUCGCCAGUCAUUGAUUCGUCCGAAGCCACACGACCACGGAGCCCACUGAAGAAGAUCACGUCGCAUAUACCUUCUGUCUUUGCUGACAAAGAGAACCUUGUGGCUUCUCCUGCUGCCUCGGGGCACAGCAAGAAGCGAAGUAUUGAAGAGGUCGACGACGCCGAGAAGCCAGGCAGCGGCAAAAUGCUUGCUCAUGCGCGCGACGAGAGCAUGUGGAAUUCGGGCAUCCGACUCACAACUGAUGCCAUGCAACAGCACACGGAAAACAACCCAGUUGCCCUCGCAGAUCCUGGAUCGCCCACUGAGCGCAAUACACCGACACCAGAGCCCGAACCUGUCCAAAACUCCCAGAAAAGCAAUCAAUCUUUCUCCGACUUCCUGAACUACGAGCUAUGCGCGAGUCAGAAGAGCGAGCAGGUGGCUUCGGCAGACGGCCCCGCCCCCGCGCCAACAUCUGCGCCCACCGAACAGCCCAAGAAGACGCGCGCGGAGAACAUGCGAACGCGUCUCAAGUUCGCCCUCUAUAAAGUCAGGACCAACCAAGAGGCGAAGAGGGGGAAGGACAUAAUAUCGUCAUUCGAGGCCAGUUCGCCGCCUUCAGCCUCUAUGGAGGUGCCAAACAUCACUGUAUCUUCACCACAGCCGCAGCCCGUAUUUGUCAAGGCGAAUCUGGACCCGUUCCGACCUAUUGGCAAGCUUGGUCAGCCACCAGUACAUUUCGCAGCUCCUAAGGACAUCUACGGUCCCCCUCCUAGCCGGACCGCGCAGCUGGGAGAGGACGGCAAUGCCGACAUCGCCGAGAGCGCGCACCAGAGGCUACAGCGCCUCAAGGACGAGAGCUACGAGGCAGGCAAUCUCUCGAGCAGUGUUAAUCAGGGCAAUGCUGCAGUGGGGUUAAUGGAGCUGAUGUCGGGUCGGCGGUAGAAGAUAGCCGUACUUUUGUAUCUUCAACACAUUUUACGCUUGCUUUUG